UCAGUUCCCCUGUGUUUUGUCAGAGAGGAUUUGAGAGCUUUUGCAAACUCUUCUUAUCCUUUCAAUUGAACCGAGUCGUCAUCAUCAUCAGCUUGAAGACGAAAGCGUUUCUCAUCUUUUCACGAGCAUGACCUGUUCGUCAUCCCUUCUUAUGUAAAAUUCUUACGAUUUCUAUUUGUUUUUGUUGGCCAAUUAAAUAUGAACAACGCAUGAUUCGGAUUCUAGGAAAGAGCGUCCAUGGCUACUUUUAAUGUUCUUUGUAGCAAUCGUUUUCUAUUCAAAGGAAGUAAUUCUAUUAGAAAGGUGUCUUCGAGGAGUAGUGAACUUAAUGUUUGUGUCGCUAGAGCGACGACGAACCAGUCUAUUAGUUGCAGGAGACUUGGUGGGUUUCUUGAAAUUGGUGAAUCCAGAUUAGGAGUUAGGUUUCGUGGCGGCGAUUCUCGAAAUGGGUUUACUUGUAGUAGUGAGAUUAAGCGACUUAUGAGCGGUAGUGAUUACGGAGAUAAGGAAGAUGGUAGAAGCAAAAGGAAGAGAAGAAGAUUUUCUCUUAGGCUUCGACCUAGGUUACGAUUAGUGAGCAUGAGACUUGGGAGGGUCGAUUUCAGAGCAUCAAUGGAGGAUCUUCGAUUCUUUUUGAAAAAGAAUCUCAAAAGAGUGAUCUUAUCUACUGGUGUAGCUGUGAUCUUUGGACUGUGUUAUUUGUUCUUGAGGUUAACCUCUGUUCCGUCUCCAUCUACUGUUCCUUACUCUGAUUUCGUUACGAAUCUUCGAGGUGGUUCUGUUUCAAAGGUUUUACUUGAAGAAGGUUCUCGUCGAAUCUAUUACGACACUAAUGAGAAUGUUGAGGCUGUUGAAGAAAAUGUUCACAAGUCUAAAACUUUUGAUGAAUCUGCAAUCCAAACUGAUGAUGGCAGCACAGAGGAAACUGUGACGGAAGCUGUUACGACUCGAAAGGUUCGAGCUUUACCUCCUGUGUGGAAGUAUGUGACAAGAAAAGUCGAUCAUGAUGAGAAGUUUCUUCUUAGUUUAAUGAGGGAUAAAGGGAUCACUUAUAGUUCUGCUCCUCAAUCUGCAUUGAUGUCAAUGAGAACUACUUUGAUCACAAUCAUAUCUCUGUGGAUUCCUUUAACACCUCUUAUGUGGCUUCUUUAUCGGCAACUCUCAGCAUCUAACAGCCCUGCGAAGAAACGACGGUCUAAAAAUCCCACGGUUGGUUUCGAUGAUGUUGAGGGUGUUGAUUCUGCUAAAGACGAGCUCGUGGAGAUAGUGUCAUGUCUUCAAGGAAGUAUAAACUACAAAAAACUAGGAGCAAGAUUACCUAGAGGUGUGCUUUUGGUUGGUCCACCAGGGACCGGUAAGACCUUGUUGGCUAGGGCUGUUGCUGGAGAGGCAGGAGUUCCAUUUUUCUCUGUUUCUGCUAGUGAGUUCGUUGAAUUGUUUGUUGGAAGAGGUGCAGCACGGAUCAGAGAUCUUUUUAAUGCAGCCAGGAAAAACUCACCUUCCAUAAUAUUUAUCGAUGAGCUUGAUGCGGUUGGAGGAAAACGUGGUAGGAGUUUCAACGAUGAACGUGACCAGACACUAAACCAGUUGCUUACUGAGAUGGAUGGAUUCGAGUCAGACACAAGAGUCAUUGUAAUUGCAGCAACUAACCGACCAGAAGCGUUAGACCCGGCUCUUUGUCGGCCUGGAAGGUUCUCUAGAAAAGUUGUGGUUGCAGAACCAGACCAAGAAGGCCGUCGGAAAAUCUUGGCUGUGCAUCUGAGAGACGUCCCUCUAGAAGAAGAUGCGUUUCUCAUAUGUGAUUUAGUUGCUUCUCUAACUCCCGGAUUCGUAGGUGCUGAUCUGGCCAAUAUUGUCAAUGAAGCUGCAUUGCUUGCUGCUCGUAGAGGCGGGGAAGCGGUGGCACGGGAAGAUAUAAUGGAAGCGAUAGAGAGGGCGAAAUAUGGGAUAAAUGAUAAGGAAGUGAGGUCAAGGACAUUAGGAAAUGAGCUGAGCAAGCUGUUCCCAUGGAUGCCAUCUUUGGCUAGAAGGAACGGACCAGAUCAAGACGGUUUACAAGGACCGUUAGGUUAUCAAAGUCUUAGCUAAACCAAACGAAGUCAAUUGGAACUGUACGUUUCUUUCAUUGUAUCUGAAAAUUUUGGAACUGUACGUUUCUUUCAUGUGUUCCGAUCUCUGUUUACAAUGUACAAGUCAAUUGCUUUAAUUCCUUUUCCGGAAAUAGUUUACAAUUAGACCAAUUUGACAAUA